AUGCCGUCAGAGAAGACCUUCAAGCAGUGCCGCAGCUUCGAACAAAGAGUGGUAGAUGUCCAGCUCAUCCGGGAGCAGCACCCCACCAAGAUCCCGGUGAUAAUAGAGCAAUAUGAGGGUGAGAAGCAACUGCCCGUCCUGGACAAAACCAAAUUCCUUGUACCCGAUCACGUGAACAUGAGCGAGCUCAUCAAGAUAAUUAGAAGGCACUUACAGCUCAAUGCCAAUCAAGCUUUCUUCUUCCUGGUGAACAGGCAAAGCAUGGUGAGCGUGUCCACGCCCAUCUCUGAAGUAUACGAGAGCGAGAAAGAUGAAGACGGCUUUCUGUACAUGGUGUAUGCCUCCCAGGAGACAUUUGGAACAGCACUGGCUGUGUAAGACCAGAACUAUGCCUAAUGUUUGUUAAGCCCUUACCAAGGAAAAAAGGGACGUUAC